AUGGCCCAACGGCCCAGUACACAGAGCGAGGAUGCUCGAAAAGGCUCACCAUCCCAAGUCGACCCGGCGCUGCCUCAAUUCUCAGACCCCUCGUUCGACCCAGUCGACUUCCUGAACGACACUCUCCCGCCCUUGAACACCUCGCAAUCGCGCUCAGCAGGCGGAAGUUCAAUCGCAGACGUCUCUGCUCGGACUCAAUCGCUGUUAUCCCAGCUCACUGCACAAAAUGCACGUUUAUCAAACACGCUCAACCAGCUUACGGACGAGAUAAUACGAAGCAGUGGACGGCUGGCUUAUGAGGUAGAGGUCCUUCGUGGAGAGACAAUCGGCCUCUCAGACACUCUCACGGACACACUACAGGAUGAUAUUCGACAUUUUCUACCCCAGGGCCUUCCCGAGCCGGCCUCUACUUCCCUCCCAGACGUAAACCAGCCAGACGAAGAAGAUAGAGUGGAGGAGAAGGAACUGGAUACCCAGAAACAGCCGGAAGUCACGCAAGAAGAUCCGGAAUAUAUAUCCCGCCUACGAACCCUGAUGCAGGUUAGAUCGAGGCUGGAGGAGGUGAUACAGGUAUUUGGCGAGGCUAUGGAGUGGCCUCUGCCUCCGUCUGAGGUCUCAAUUACGUCUUCGUUCAUUUCCGUCUCCGCUCCAGAGGCUGGCCCUGAAUCACGAAGUCUAGAGGAAAAGGGCCGUCAGGUAGCAAAAAAAUUUAGAUCACAGGUCACCGAGCUGCUGGACAGUAAUGGUGGAGGUGAAGCUGGUUUGGAAGCCGCAACUCGUCGGGUGGAGGAAUUACGGCUCCUUGCAGGCGUAUGGAAGGGCACAAUAGAAGAAAAGCCGAGACAAAAGUUUGUUGAUAGCCUUGCAAAGAUCGUUGAUGACAGACGGAAGGUCCUCGAGAGCCAGGCGAGGGAGAAGGAGGAGAGAGAGAGUCGAAAGGCGAAUGGGACCCCAUCAAAGGGCAGAGCGUCUGAACUCCCCUCUCGAGAAAAACCAGAGAGCAGUGGUGGCGGGCUGAUGCGUAAUCUACAACGUUUACGAGAUGAGAUAUACCUCGAAUAG